AUGGUACAGAUCAAUGCCACCUGCUGGAGUGGCUUUGUCUUCCUGGGCUUCUCUAGCUUUGGGGAGCUUCAACUUCUGCUGUUUGUCUUGUUCCUCUCUUUGUACCUCAUCACCAUCACCAGCAAUGUCUUCAUCAUCAUAGUGAUCAGGCUGGAUAGCCAUCUGCACACACCCAUGUAUCUCUUCCUCUCCUUCCUGUCCUUCUCGGAGACCUGUUACACAUUGGGCAUCAUCCCGAGGAUGCUGUCUGGCCUGGUUAUGGGGGGACAGGCUAUCUCUUUUACGGGAUGUGCUACCCAGAUGUUUUUCUCUGCUUCGUGGGCUUGUACCAACUGCUUCCUCCUGUCUGUCAUGGGCUUUGACAGGUAUGUGGCCAUUUGUGCCCCACUACACUACGUCAGCCGUAUGAAUCCCACCCUCUGUGCCCAGCUAGUUGGCACCUCCUUCUUGAGUGGAUACCUUUUUGGACUAGGAAUGACACUAGUCAUUUUUCGCCUCUCAUUCUGUGGUUCCCAUGAAAUCCAGCACUUUUUCUGUGACACGCCUCCAGUGCUAAGCCUCGCCUGUGGGGAUACAAGACUAAGUGAGCUGGGAAUCCUCAUCCUCAGUCUUCUGGUCCUCUUGGUCUCCUUCUUCUUAAUUGCUGUCUCCUAUGCCUACAUUCUGGCAGCAAUCCUGAGAAUCCCUUCUGCUGAGGGGCGGAGGAAAGCUUUCUCUACUUGUGCCUCACAUCUCACAGUGGUCGUUAUUCACUAUGGCUGUGCCUCCUUCAUGUACUUGAGGCCCAAAGCCAGCUACUCUCUUGAGAGGGAUCAGCUUAUUGCUGUCACCUACACUGUGGCGACCCCUCUUCUCAAUCCUAUUGUUUAUAGUUUAAGAAAUCGGGCUGUGCAAGCAGCUCUAAGGAAUGCUUUCCGAGGGAAUUUACUAGGUAAAGGAUGAAGGCUAGUCCAUUGACACUCUCCUUUGUAUAGGCAGGCCCUAGACACAAAAGAAUCCCUGAUUUAUGCUGUAACUUCAGAAAAUUAUGUGCUGCAU